AGCAAGGGAGCAGAGGUGAUCUCACUCAUCAGCACAGGAUAACACAACCAUGAUGGGUUGACUUGGGGGGGGCAGGCGGUUGGAGAGAGGAAGUGUGCAUUCGCCACCACUUGCUCAGCCAUGGAGACCAACAAAGUUCUUCAUUUUGUGCCUUCGGAGGCGCCUCCCUCUGGGAUGUCCAAGAAUGGAUACUUCUUUCAAGAAAUGGAGCAGCGGGAGGUGGAGCAGGAGGAGGGCAGCGAGGGCCGAGAGGAGGGACAGGACUCGCCGAUCGCCUGCGGAGAUGACAUCCACCUCUAUGACAACCAGAUCAGCCCUGGGCCAGACGCUGACGACUCUGGUUGUGUGUUACUGAACACAUCGAGACGGUAUGUGAAGCUGAUGAACUUCGAGGAGGAAGUUCGGGCACACCGGGACCUCGAUGGCUUUCUGGCGAGGGCCACUAUCCUGCUGGACGAGACGGCUGCCUCCCUGGACGACGUCCUGAAGAGAAUGUUGCACCACGUGGGCCAGGACAGCCACGCGUCCGAGCCCAGCUGCAACUUCGAGGAGGUGAUGAGCAUGCUUUUCACAGACGCAGGAGCUCAGGAGGUCAACGUCCACCUGCUGUCAGAGACGAUCCAGGGGGUGACAGCCACGGCCACCGGGGUCCAGUACCAGCAGUCCUGGCUCUGCAUCCUCUGCAACGUGAAGCAUCUCCAGAGGCGUCACGUGUGCAUCUCCCGCCUGGAGAGGCCGCAAAACUGGGGGGAGAACUGCUGCGAGGUCCGCUAUGUCAUCCUGAUACUGGCCCCGCUCAAAAUGAAAAGCACCAAGACAGCGAUGGAGCUGGGCAGGACGUUCGCCACCCUCUUCUCCGACAUCUCCUUCAGGCAGAAGCUGCUGGAGACCAAGACGCAGGAGGAGUUUAAGGAGGCGUUGGUGUUCCAGAGGCACCAGCUGACGGCGACCAACCAGCAGCCCACCGCUCUGGGGAAGGAGGAGACCGACCCCCGCAGCCACAAACCCCUCAAGUGUAAAGACUUCUUCAAAGCCGGCCGGGGGAUUUAUGAGGACUUGUGCCGCAGGCUGCCUUUCUACCCCUCUGACUUCACAGAUGGUAUAGUUGGCAGUAAUAAAACCCUGCUGAAGUACAUGACCACAGCCAUCUUCCUCUACAUCGCCAUCCUCCUCCCCGCCAUCGCUUUCGGCUCCCUCAAUGACGAGAGCACACGUGGCGAGAUAGAUGUUCGGAAGACCAUCAUCGGCCAAAGCAUCGGCGGGGUCAUCUACUCGUUGUUCGCCGGCUCUCCUCUAGUCAUCCCUCUAACCACAGCUCCCCUCGCCAUCUUCAUCAGCGUGAUCCGAGGAAUCUGUGACGACUACAACCUGGACUUCCCGGCUUUCUACGCCUGCAUCGGCCUGUGGAACUGCCUCUUCCUCAUCCUGGGAGGGAUCUUCAAUGUCAGCCUGCUCAUGAAGCUCUUCAAAAGGUCGACGGAGGAGGUCAUCGCCCUCUUCAUUUCCAUUGCGUUCGUGGUAGACGCGGUGAAAGGCACGGUCAAAAUCUUUCACAGGUACUACCACUCCCCGACGCUGGCUAACAGUAGCAUAGAGGACUUCCCUCAGGGCCGAGUCCUGCAUGGGGGGAACAGGAGUGAGGUGGCGGCUGGGUUGGCACUCAACGCCCUCCCUGAAUCCUUCAUCCAGUGCACUCGAGAGAGGCCCGUCCUCUGCCUCCUGCUGAUGCUCGGGACAUUAUGGAUGGGCUACACCCUGUACCAGUUCAAAAGAAGUCCGUUCCUGCAUGCCAAAGUGAGGGAGGUGCUGUCGGACUGCGCUCUGCCGAUCUCAGUGUUACUGUUCUCCUUCAUCGGCUCCUACCUUUUCAGUGACAUUGAGCUUCCAGUCUUUAAAGUUCACGACCGGCCCGUCUUCAACGUGGCUCCGUUUGAGCGGCUGUCGGCAAUGAACGUCGUUAGCGCCAUGGGCCUGGGCUUCCUCCUGGCCCUCCUCAUCUUCAUCGACCAGAACAUUGUCGUCUCGCUGACCAACGCGCCAGAGAACAGGUUGCUGAAGGGCACGGCGUACCACUGGGACCUGAUGCUCUCCGGGCUCAUUAACAUACUGAUGUCGGUGCUGGGGUUGCCCUGGAUGCACGCCGCCUUCCCCCACUCCACCCUCCAUGUGCGCCAGCUGGCUUUCGUGGAGCAGCGGGUGGAGGGGGGGCACCUCUAUGAGACUAUCGUCCAGGUGAAGGAGACCCGGCUGACGUCUCUGACUGCCAACAUCUUCAUCGGCGUGUCGGUGCUGCUGCUGCCCCUCCCGCUGCAGUGGAUCCCCAAACCCGUCCUGUACGGCCUCUUCCUCUACAUCGCCCUCACCUCCAUCGACGGAAACCAGAUGUGCGACCGCAUGGCUCUCCUCCUCAAGGAGCAGACGUCUUACCCGCCUACCCACUACAUCCGCAAAGUGCCCCAGAGAAAGAUCCACUACUUCACCUUCCUGCAGAUGAUGCAGCUGCUGGUACUGUGUACGUUUGGCAUGUACCCGAUACCGUACAUGAAGAUGAUCUUCCCUCUGCUCAUGAUCCUGCUAAUUCCAAUCAGGAACAACGUGCUUCCUCAUAUCAUUGAGGCCAAAUACUUGGACAUAAUGGAUGCCCAACACAUGUAGCUACAGAUGGAGACGAGUUCUGGAUCCGCAAAAAAGACGUCUAGAGUUUAAAAAAAAGAAAUGAGGAUUUAAAAAAAAACAACAACAUAUUUUUCAAUGCAAAACUGUACGGAAGCAAAAAAGGAAGGAGGAAAUAGCGACUGUUUUGAUUUUUGUAUCCGAUAAGGACAUUCUUACAGGUGAAGCACUGGAAAUGUGGGAAGUGGUGUGAGGAGGAGAGAUGAGAGCCGCAGGAAAUGUUCUCCAAACAUGGACCGACAGCAUCUCUCUGGGGAAAAGUUCUACCGGACCGCCCAGAACUCCCUGUUUCACCGCCGUUUGACCCCGUCAGCUCAUUCAGCGCCAUUCACCUCCAUGUUCUCCUCUCACACUUUAACAUGUCACCCUCACUGCAGCGUGUUCAUCUGUGUGUUAAGCUAUGGGUAAGUGCUUAUAGUACUCACGAAUACUGCGUGAGCACUAAAAAUGCUGCCAGUGUACAUUGUCGAGUACGUAGAAAGAUGUAAUGGCACAAUGUAAGUAUGAACAAUAUCUUUGACUCUUUGCACUCACAUUGUGUUUUUACACUGUCAUUCGGGUAAAUUUUGCAUACUUACACUGUGUCGAUAAGUACUUCGACACUUUCCCAUGAGUGAAUUAGCUGAUAAUAUCGCUGCGUUUAGGCCACUGUAUUGCUGUGCGGCGAUGAAACCUUUACAUUCCUGCACCUGUUAGCUGUGAUUCCCCCUUUUUCUAUGAAGGACACGUGUGCUCACGCAUAUUAAGUUUCUAAGUCAUUCCAGCAGAUCUAAGUGUUCAUUAAGGAGAAGAAAGGGAGUGUGUGUGUGCGCGCGCGUGUGUGUGUGUGCAUUACUGAUCUGUCCCUCAUCGAGCCUCCUGACAGCUCCUCAGAAAACCUCACGUUUAAGGUGGAAUUUAAGUACUCAGCCGAAUAACAGCAUACAUUCCACAGGUAUAUAUGAUAUGUAAUUAUUUAGAACAACAGCACAAACCAAAACAUAUAGUGAAAUCUUUAUCAAAUUCUGAAUAUAUUAGAAUAUAUUAUGGCAAUAUACAAAAAAUAUUUUAGGUUAAAGUCAAAUAGAGUAUUUAUUUAUCAUGAUGACGGUUUAUCUUUUAAAAUGGUGACUCCUCUGUUUGAUCCUUUACAUUCCGCAGUUACUGAUUCUUGUAUUUUGAGUGUGUUGACUUACAUCUGGCGUUUGCCGCAGUGUUUACAUAUCAAAGUCCCUUCCAGCUCCAUGUCGAAGUCCAACACAGUUCUGGUGCAUUGCUCGUAAAGAUGAAAGUCAGGUAACGGGGAAAAAUAACCCAGGAAAAAAAAAAAAAAAAACAUUUGUGGGCUUUGGAUUCAACAUAAUGCAUCCCUGUUUUCUUUUUCUUUUUGUGAACAAGUGUUCAAAGAUGAGUUUUAGAAUAAUCUGGUCUUGUUUUCUAUUUAGAUGUUAUGAUUAGAUCAAUGCUUGCAAACGUUGUCAUGUAAUAAUCCAGACGUCUGGAAAGAUUAUCUUGUUAUCUACAGUACAAAAAGAAAAAAAAAAGAUAAUUUCUAGGCACUGGUUUGCGUAAAGCAUGACUCAUCUGGGUUUUUGAUACGAUGUGAUGCCAAUGGUCAUGUAUCCUACACGAGAAAAAAAAAGUAGCAAGUCAAACAGUAACUUCUCAGUAAACCGAAUGCAACGCUCAAUAUUCAGCAAUACUGUGUAUAAAAACAGAACUUCGCUGGUCAGAGUCGGGUUUCCCAGCAGCCCGUCAGCGAAGCAAAGACAGGCCAGCUGUAUUUUUAAGACAGCAACUUUCCAGUCCAUCGUCAUGGUACAAAAGCUGCUCUGUGCUGAUUCAAUUAUUGCACACAUCAACGAGAUUAAAGAAAAAAAAAACGACAAAAAAAACGUUUGCCUGUCAACGAGGCGUUCGCAGUGCCGGAUUUUAUCACCGUUUAGUUGCUCUCCCGAUAUCCAAAUGGCAGCUCCCUCAUGCAGUUCUGUUCAACUUUGUCUUACAGAUGUGAGAAAGAUGUCCAAUUUAAGCAGAUGUCUCACGCCGAGAUAGCAAGGCAUGAAAGGAAAGCUCGGAAGCAUUUACAUAAUCCUCGGACUGAAGCUUAAGACAGCACUAGUGAGAGAAGAGAGAGAUUGUGAGGUAUGAAGUAAUAUGUACAGUUUGCAAUGCAAAGUUUAGUUUCUAUCAACGAUCCAUUGUAAUCCAUGGCAAGGUAUUAGUUUCUAACUUUGGACUGAGUACGGAGAUUUAACCAUUCUUCUUCUUAUGUGACAGUAUUGUUGUUGUUCCUUGAUAUCUUCUCUGUACUGAUGAUUUUGGAAUAGCAGCAAAUUCCUCUCAGAUGACUUAACAUUGGAUUCAGAGUGACAGCCCAUAAUACUCCGUUUGUGAAACCUUGACUUCCCUCCUCCUGAUUGGAUUUGUUUGAAAUUGCGUACUGUGGUGUUUUUUUUUCUUUUCUUUUCCUGAUUUCAUAUAGCCUACUUUUUCUAAUCAUGAAUGUAAGAUGUGUGGAUUUUUAUAUAGCAUACUAAUUUAGGUGUCAAACACAAUCUGUAAUUUUGUCAAAAAGAUCAGCUAUAUUUGUAAGCUGUAAUAUGUAAAAAUGAGAAAAAAAUGGUUAUCAAGCAGAAUGUGUUGGUUUAUUAUAGUAUAUAUAUACUGUACACUGAAAAAGAGAGACUAUCUCAAGCUGUUUGCCAAAUAAAAAGUAGUAGUGAUGUAAA